CUUGAUUGUAUUGGUCACAGCUUGGUUCCACCUAUCUAAACGAUGAAAGUUUGGAUAUUUCUACUUUUAUUUUCUGGUUUUUAUGCACAUAAAAUAAGCUCAAACAAUGGUGGUGCUCCAAGACCAGGAAGCCACUUCUGCCCAAAGAUAAAAGAAAAAAAGGAAACUUUUAUUGAGAGUUCUAAUCACGUGACUACUAGACUUGUACGCUUAAAGUGCUCAUUACAAGAUCCUCACAAAGAUACGUUCCUCGCUAGAGAAGCCUUCGAUACUACAAYGUGCAUAUACAGUCGGAAAGAAAGUUUUCCAAACAAAAAAGUAGUUCCACGGUUGAUAAAAUACCUCGACAUGGCUCAAUGUUGCCAGGGGUUUCAAGGAAAACAUUGCGACCAGCCAAUAACAGAUCCAGUCUGUGACCCUGUUUGUUUGAACGGUGGGACCUGCGUUGAACAAGACACGUGUGCAUGCUYAGUUGGAUGGMAGGGGGCUAACUGUGAAAUAGCAACGUGCACUCCUMCUUGUUUGAAUGGUGGUAUGUGUGUGUCUCCUGGAACUUGUGCAUGUGGUGGUACUCAUGCGGGAAAGCGCUGCGAGAAAGACAUAUCCACUCGUCCUUUAGAAGCGUCCUUACUAGACACUCCUAUAGAUGUCCACGUAAGAGAAGCUCGAGCAGUAAGAAUCAAGGAAGAGGGGCAUUGCUUGACAUGGGGACAAACUCAUUAUCGCACCUUCGAUGGUCUACACUUGGACUUCAUUGGUCGGUGUAGCUAUGCACUAGUUAAAGACUGUAUUCCCGGUUCUGAUCAAUUCUCAAUCCACGUCGAAAACGAUAGAAGCUGUGUUGAGAGUGGUAAUGGGUGCAAACGAGCUGUGUUGAUGUACAUCAAUGAACAAGUCUACAAAAUGGGGACAGGCAGUCUUCUAACGGUAGAUAACAAGAUGAUAACAGUCCCGUACAAAGAUGCUCGCGUUUCGAUAUCAAAAAUACAGUCAUACUUCGUAAUGCGUGCUUUGGGAGAUGAAAUCGAAGUGAAGUUUGAUGGUGUGUCUGGUGUAUAUAUAUCAAUAGCUGAUAAAUACAAAAAUACUACAUGUGGUUUAUGUGGGAACUACAACGGAAUAUCUGAUGAUGACAUCAUCAAAGCGUCAUCCAAUAAACGGGCAUCUAAUAUCGCAGAACUGGCCGAUAGCUGGGCAAUGCCAAACCCUAAAGAGACAUGCUCACCAGCUAAGCYAGUAACAAUGGAUGCUUGUAAGCAAGCAGGUCCUGUUGUCAGCCUUAGUGCUCGACGAAUUUGUAUGGUCUUACUUGGAGAACUUUUCAGUUCUUGUCAUCCUAAAGUCGAUCCAAAAGGCUUCGUGCAAAGAUGCGAGAUUGAUGUGUGUUCUUGCAAAUUCGGUCAGCACUCAGCCUGCCAAUGUGAAGCUUUAACACAAUAUUCUCGUGCAUGCGCCAAUGAAGGAAUACCGCUGGACUGGAGGAGCGACUAUUUGUGUCCCAAGAAAUGCAGCAAGUCUAAAGUUUACUUAGAGUGCGGACAGGCGUGUUUAAAGACCUGCGAUACAGAUACACUGCAACCAACAUGUAAAGAGACAUGUAUAGAUGGCUGUCAUUGUCCCUUGGGAAGUGUCCAAGGACCAGACAGUCAGUGUUUAUUGCAAAGUCAGUGCCCUUGUCAUCAUAACGACAUUGACUAUCCAAGUGGAACGACAAUACGAGUGGGUUGUAAUACAUGUCAGUGUAGUGGUGGAACAUGGUCUUGUACAAAAAAUAGAUGUCCAGGAACUUGUUACACCUAUGGUGACCCACAUUACGUUACGUUCGAUGGCAAAGCCUAUUCAUUUGAAGGAAAAUGUCAAUACCGAUUGGUUGAAUCUCUUGACAGUUCUUUCUCUGUCGUCAUCAACACUGCUUCUUGUUCAUCCAAUCAAAAGAGCAGUUGUGYCAAAUCGGCAGWAAUUAAUUACAUGAAUACAAGCAUUUCAUUGGUUCAUAACCAUCCUCUUAAAGACACGGUUCACAUCCGGUACCAAGAUAAAUCCAACAAUCAGCCAUUGUUGAUGCCGGUGUACGACAGGAAGACAGGGUUUCAUUUUCGAAGGCUUUCUUCCAAUUUGGUGGAGUUCCAUGGUAACAUCGGACUCACCGUCACAUGGGAUGGAUUAAACAAUUUAUAUGUUACAAUUACACCGAGGCAUUCUGGGAAGGUCCAAGGACUUUGUGGKAACUACAACUUCAAUACAAGAGAUGAUUUUGGAGUGGAAGAAUCAGCGAUUAGUUUUGCCAAYMSCUGGUCAGAGGGAAAUUGUCCCGACRUUGCAAACGACAAAGUAAAACUCAAACCUUGUGAAAUUUACCUCCAAAACAAAAAGUACGCCGAGGAGCAGUGUGGAAAGCUCGAACAGCCUCCCUUCACCAAAUGUCAUGGUUAUGUUGAUCCCAAACCGUUCAUCGAARACUGCCAAUAUGAUGUUUGUAGCUGCAAUGGACAAAGAGACUGUCAUUGUUCUGUGUUGGAGGCUUAUGUAAGACAGUGCACGAUGCAGGGYGUGGUUUUGAAUUGGCGGAGCAACGAUACAUGCCCGGUACGAUGUCCGUCUGGAAUGGUGCAUGAGGAAUGUGGAUCUUCCUGUGUGACGUCAUGCAAAGAUCUGUCAAUCAAAAACCAUUCUUGUGUAAGCCAUUGUGUACCAGGGUGUCGAUGUCCAGAAGGGAAACUUUAUGACGMAAGAGAGGGGAAAUGUGUAGAUAUUGCGUACUGUCCAUGCUACGAUGAAGCUGGUAGACAUUACAUGUACAAUGCACGUUUGAAGAUGGACUGUAAUGAUUGUAUUUGCAGCAGAGGAAAGUUACUGUGCACAAACACAACUUGCCAGAAGAAACAGUGUCCAAGGGGACAAGUAUGGACGGAAUGUGGUGCCCAGUGUCCAAAGACAUGUAAAACCAUUCAAAUGAGCUGCAACAAUGUAAUCUGCAAAGCUGGAUGCGUCUGUCCAGAAGGGUUUGUCGAAGAACAAGGUAGAUGCAUACCUGCGUACAGCUGUCCAUGUCAGUUCAACGGUAAGAGGUAUAAGUCCGGUGACGUCAUUAAGAAAGACUGUAAUUCAUGCGUCUGCAAGAACAAAGUGUGGCAGUGUACCAGUAAAAAAUGCAUAGGUACAUGCACGGCUUUUGGCGACCCUCAUUACAAGACUUUUGAUGGCCGACUGUACAGUUUUCAAGGCGGAUGCAAUUAUGUSAUGACAACAGAUAAAUGUCCAGGAUCAAAUGUAACUAUUCAGUCAUUUAGAGUCGAUGCUGAAAACAUUCCAUGUGGUUCAACAGGCGUAACAUGCACCAAGUCCGUGACUGUCACACUGCACGAUACUGUUAUUCAUAUGGUCCGAGGCAAAGAGAAGCCUUCCRUAACACGUCUUGCAAGUCUGUCCCCAGUACGCGCUCAGUUCUCUUUAGUUUAUGCUGGUGUUUAUGUAAUUCUAAAAACACCAUUUGGCCUGAAUGUGGUCUGGGAUCGAGGGACAAGACUGUACAUUGAACUGAGUCCAAAUAGUAGGCAUUACUCCAAGGUGUGCGGGCUUUGUGGAAACUUUGAUGGCGAUAUGACCAACGAUUUUUUGGCUAAAAAUGGCAUCGAGGAAACAUCGCCAUAUCCUUUCGGCGACUCGUGGAGAGUACGAGGUGACUGCAUUAAGRCACGUGAGCCUCAACAUCCUUGUAAAMAGAACAAACACAGGGAACCCAAAGCCCAUGCUGCUUGUGCACUAAUCAAAUCAGCUGUCUUCCAAUUAUGUCAUGCGCACCACGACCCUGAUCCAUAUUAUGAACGUUGUGUUUAUGAUACCUGUGGAUGUGACAUGGUGGGAGAYUGUGAGUGUACAUGUGAAGCUAUAGCUGCWUAUGCCUACGAGUGUCUCAAGUCUGGUAUUGACAUCAGCUGGAGGAAAGACAGAUGUGAUGUUAACUGUCCKGAUAAUGCUGAAUUCAAGAACUGUGUAACAGCAUGCCCAGAAACCUGUAAUGACCCCCCAGGCCUCAACAAAACCUGUUCUAUGCGUUGUGUAGAAGGUUGCGAAUGUAAGAAGGGUUUUGUACAGACGGUUAAUACCGUUGGUCAAUUGCAGUGCAUCAAACGAAAUCGUUGUCCUUGUGUAGCAAAUGGAAAAAUAUACGAACCUGGGGAGAAGAUUGUCAAAGACUGUCAGCAAUGUGAAUGCCAAGAUGGACAAGCGACCAACUGUGUGGGCACAGUGUGUACCACAGCUCUGCCAACAACAACCAAAUUGCCAACAACGACUGCAGAACGAACAACAACUGMAACACCUUUAACUACUAAAASGUYUACAACUAGCACCAUGCCAACAACCAUCGAGGUGCACACAAGCACUGGAAUGCCAACGUCUACAGCAAGGGCUUCAACUACAGAAAUGCCAACAACUAUGAAAACRAAACAGCCCACAACAACUGCUCAACCAAGUACCACACAAUUUUCGUCCACCUCUGCCACCACAGGGCGCYCAUCAACAACACUAGUUCCAACAACAGCUGCCUACUGCAAGGAUUCGCUGGGUGUUGGUGUCCAGGACAAGAGAGUACCAGACAGUUUCUUGUCAUCAUCUUCACAGAUCGACAUUGAUGCUUCUGCGGCUCAGGGAAGACUUCAUAACCAAGACUACGCAUGGCAACCGGACUAUAAUGACAAUCACCCUUACUUUCAAGUGUUUCUUGGCAAUCUCACCAUGGUUACUCAAAUUGCUACACAAGGUCAUCCUUGGGAAGAGGAAUUUGUGAUGAAAUAUACAGUACAACAUGGCAAUGAUGGAAAGAACUGGAUGAACUACAUGGACAGCUAUGGCGAUACCAUGGUYUUUGAAGGAAACGGGAUUAAUUUUCCCUACGACAUUCUCGAUAUCGUGAAAUAUAAURACCUGCCUCGCCCAAUUACAGCUCGGUAUAUCCGAAUAAAGCCCCUCAAACAACACAACGAUGGAUUUCCGAUAGCGCUGCGAGUUGAACUCUACGGCUGUUCAGUUGAGCCGUACUGCUUGUUCCAAGGAAUCAAAAAGAAACCUGGUGAAAGAUGGCAGAUCGAUGUGUGUACCUGGAAAGAGUGUAAAAUGGACGACAGCUCGCCAACCUUGGCUACUGUUGUUGURGAAGUUAUAAUGUGYCCUAACAAAACUUGCCACACUGGAUGCCCUCCACAUGGUGCUCAACGUCAAGUGUUAAUUAKUAUACCAGGAAAAUGCUGCAAGGAAUGCAAGGAUGAGAGUAAACUUGGUUGUGGACCGCAAGAAUUUCCAUGYAAUGCGACCAGCUGCAUCCCACUUCRUUGGAAGUGUGAUGGGCGUCGAGACUGYGUUAAUGGGCGAGAUGAAGAAUGCUGUGGAAYUCCAACCACUAAACCUCCACCRACUACAACCCACGCUCYUACCACUUCACCACCAACAUGUCAACCGCCUAAGGUACCUGUUGCCUGUCAAACCCAAUGUCCGAACSAAUGCCACUUCCUGGGGAAAUGCACGCCUGUGACAGCAAGACCCACAUGCACACCUGGCUGCCAGUGUCCAAAUGGUACCGUUAGCGAUGGCGUUACUUGCAGACCUCCAUCUCAGUGUCUUUGCCAGGACAUGAACGGAAACAUUCGACAGCCUGGAGAAAGAUGGCGAGAUCCAAACAAUAAGUGUCAAGAGUGCAUGUGCUUUAACAACCAAAUUAAUUGUUAUAAAAGGAUUUGUCCACCACUUUCYUGUUCGUCUUCAAGCCAAGUCUGGUUCCCUGGACAACACCACGCAGACCAAAGCACCCACCACCACACAGCCAAAACCACCAAUCACCACGCAGACCAAAGCACCCACCACCACACAGUCAAAACCACCAAUCACCACGCAGACCAAACCACCUUGUCCAUGCUAUGACAAUUUCACAGAGACAUGCCACCAGGUUGGAGAUGAAUACUGGGUUAGCGACUGUAAAAAGUGCGUGUGCUUCGGAAGAUCUCAAGGCAUCMAGUGUGCUUUAGGGUUUUGUAAACUUACAGAUAAGAUUUGCCGUCAACAGGGUUACGACUUCCUGUUUAAUAACGGCGUUGAUUGUUGCGAAUGCAGAAGAAAUCAAACGUGGACUACUACAGCUUUUCCUUCGUUUCCACCUACAACAGCAACACCCACAACACAAUACUGCCCAGGAAACACCAAAUACAGACUCUGUAAGAAACAACAGACUUGUCAUGACCGUGACUUGUGCGACAUUUCAAAUGCAGURAUGGGAUGCUGCUGUGAUGAAGGACUAGUGUUGUAUAACAAUCAAUGUAUAAACAUUACGCAAUGCCCUUGUAUUUUCAAGAACAAGAUAAUGGCUGAAAAUGAGGUGUGGUACCCAAGCGACCACGAAAUCUGCAAGUGUUCAAACGGUAGACAAGACUGUUCUCGUAAAUGUCAACCUGGAUUUCAUUGCGCAGCUAACGAGUAUAAAGUUCACCGCAACACACCAAACUCUAACGGGACAUGCUGCGAUUGUGUUGAAGAUUACUGUGAAGUCAAUGGAAAMGUCUACGAGAUUGGAGAAAAGUGGAGAGGUGAAUGGUCAUCACAGUUAUGUGAAACAUGUCAGUGUUUAAAGGAAGCCCGCAACAGAGCACAAGUGAAAUGUGACCGUACAAUAUGCAAUGCAUGUCCACAGUAUGAAGUCCCAGUUGUUGAUCCAAACAAGCGUGAAUGCUGCAAGUGUGAAUGCGACGAAAACCUAUGUCCUCAAAAGCCACCUUGCCCCACAGGUUCGUACUACAAGAAGAACAAGAUGGAGUGUUGCGGUUAUUGUUUUGCUAACAAGAAUGGAACCAAUGUGACAAUAACGUUCACUCCAAGUCCACCUACUACAGCAGCGACAGGUAUUAUCAUUAAAAGCACAACACAUCGACCUAUUUCGCUCCCGCCACGGCCUUCGACCAAAGGAAAGCCUUCCACCACAGGGCAGCCUACUUCUACUGGACAGCCAACUACAACUGAACAACCUACCACCACUGGACAGCCGACCACCACUGCACAACCUACCACCACUGGACAACCUACCACCACAGCACAACCUACCACCACUGGACAGCCUACUACCACUGAACAACCUAACACCACUGGACAGCCUACCACCACUGGACGGCCUACAACCACUGGACAGCCUACCACCACAGCACAACCUACCACCACUGGACAACCUACCACCACAGCACAACCUACCACCACUGGACAGCCUACUACCACUGAACAACCUAACACCACUGGACAGCCUACCACCACUGGACGGCCUACAACCACUGGACAGCCUACCACCACAUCACAACCUACCACUACUGGACAGCCCACCACCACUGAACAACCUACCACCACUGAACAACCUACCACCACUGCACAACGUACUACCAAAAGCCAGCCUACUAUAAGCGGUCAGUCUACUACCACAGUUAGGCCUACCACCACAAGACAGCCUACUACAACGGGAMGGCCCACYUCAACAGGGCAGCCCACCACUGCACAACCUACCACAACAGAACAGACUACUACCACAGGGCAUCAUAUUUGCGAUUGCUCUUCUGGACUGGGAAUGCAGGACCAUCGUAUCAGAAACCAGGACAUCGUGACUUCAUCUWCUCGUUACCCGUUGUCUGAUGGUGGUCAGGCAAGACUAUAUAAUCGUUACUCGGCAUGGCAGCCACGGCCUGAUGAUGUCAAUCCGUUUGUACAAAUAUACUUGGGUAAAAAUAAGCUWGUUACUGCUAUUUCUACACAAGGACAUCCACUACGAUCUGAGUAYGUCAGCAAUUACAUUAUAAAAUAUAGCAUUAAUGGACGAGUUUGGAAAUUUGUCACUUCAUUCGGAAACAUCCCAAAGGUAUUCAAAGGCAAUGAGGACAGCAAUACCGUUGUUAAAAAUUUCAUACCGAAAGGGAAAGUUGUUGCACGUUAUAUAAGAAUCAUUCCUUUUAAGACUGACAUGAAUGACCAACUGCCAAUUGCCUUACGUCUAGAAGUACAUGGUUGUCCAGCAACCUGUGAAUCAAAAACCACAUCCCCUACAACACCGCAGACAACCACCCAGUUACCUACCACCACAGAAGCACCAGCAACCAGUGAACCCACCACCACAGAAGCACCAACAACAAAGAAACCUACCACCACAGAAACACCAACAACAAAGAAACCUACCACCACAGAAUUUGUUGGAACAACCACCCCAAAGCUACCUACAACUGUACAUACAGCUACAACAAUGCUACCUACAACUGUUCCAGCUUCUGGAUGCACCACCRUUCCCAGUCACAUGAAUAUCAAAGUGGGUGAGUGUGUCAGUAAGCAGCCURUCAACCUUGGUUCRUGCCAAGGACAUUGCCCAUCUAACACAACAGCUUUACCAAGUCCACCAUACUACCAAUCUCAAUGUCUCUGUUGCAAGCCAUCGCGACUUCAUCCAAUCAAAAUUCUACUUGACUGCGGUCAAAAUCGUGAGCUUGAACAUCAGCUGGCUAUGAUUACUGCAUGUUCAUGUGAGGAAUGUUCUUAUGAUCCAGUGAUAAGCAGUGCAUCAGUGGAAUCACAAGGAAACCUCCCUGCACAGAUACGUAGAGAGAUUUCAUUUGAGCAACUUGUUGAUCAURUCAUGGGUAGGCAGCCGUAGUUAUGCUGUAUGCUUUUCAGUAUUGUUGUAGAAGGGAUAUCAUAUAAAACUAGAUGAAUGACAAUAAAUACCAUAAUGAGAA